CGUUGCAGAAGCUUCUACUACUGAAAACAGCAAUCCCUCCAAAACCUCUGUCCAAACCCUCUCUUGCAAAACCCUGAAUUCAUCCCCAAAACCAAAACAUUCACGAAAUCCCACUAAUUCUCUCCUUCCUCCAAUCCAAUGGACCUAUCAUCAUUAUCAUCACCAUCAUCAUCAUCAUCACCAUCACCAUCACCAUCGUCAUCAUCAGCAGCAGCACCACUACCACUACCUUCAUCUUCAUUGGGUCCGGGCUUAGAAGCUUGUUUGAAUCUGCUUAAAGGCGAAAGGGACGAGCAACGUCUUGCUGGCCUCCUCUUAGCGACUAAACUCUGCCAAAGCAAUGACACUGCUUCUGUCCUAAAGAUAUAUGAUGCUGUCGGGACCCGCUUCCUUGACCGUCUUCUCAUGACUGGGAUGGGUAAAGGAACGGUUGGUGCUAAGGACGGGGAUGACCGGGAAGUGUAUUUGCGGCUCUCGGUUACAGUUCUUGCUGCAUUCUGCCGGGUCCCGGAGAUUGCGUCGUCGAAGGAGAUGGUAAAGAAGAUCCCAGCUAUACUGGAAGUGAUGUUGAAAAGAUCAGGUCCGUCUAUUUCCGAAGAGUGCUAUGAAUUUUUGUUGUUGGUGGCUACUGCUUCCGAAGAUGGACUUACAACAUUGUAUGAGUCUGGAGCGAUGAAUGUGCUCACUGCUUGCAUUUCCACUCUGCCUGAUGGUUCUCCAUCGUUGGAGCACAUUGUAAGACUUCUGCAGUUGAUGCUGAGUAAACUGCCCUUGGACAUCUUGAAUACCGAAUAUCCAACAGAGUUGUCAUGCUUGGUGGCCACAAUAGCUAGACAGUUCGCCAUGCUGCACAAUGCCCUCAAAUUUGAUGCAUUUCACCUACUAACUGCCGUUCUCUCCUCAAAAUAUGCUGGACCCCUUCAUGAUGCUCUAAGGUCAAUGUCUGGUGAUAUUUGGGCAACUUAUAUACGCGUUGGUAUAGUGGCAAUUUUGCAGAAUCGUGUUGCUUCUGCUGAAAAGCUUCAGGCUCUUAUUUUGGCUGAGGCCAUGGUGUCUAUACUUGGGGAAGGUUGGCUGCUUGAUCAGACAAAUAUACCAGGUGAAGACCCAAUCCCAGUUGACAGGUGUCUAUUGCUUGUACUGGAGUCUUCAAGGGUUGAAGUUGCUGUUCUUCUCAAUGAGCUUGCCUACUUGAAAUAUGAAUCAUCCAAGAGCUCUACUACUGUCGAAACCAUUCAUUUGAAGCAGCAGAACCUGGCCAUAGCAUUUUCCUUGAUAGAGAAGAUAAUUAAGCUGAUUUCCGAUGUCUGUGGAUCCGAAGAAAAUCCUAUCAGUGAAAGCACUUCAACUAAGGUGAUAUCUGGGCUUGAUGAGACGAUUGGUUUAGUUUUGGAUUAUUUACAAGAUGCCAAGGAUCAUGGAAUAAAGAAAGGAGAUGAUCUUCUGGCUUCAGUACGGAUCAUUGGCAGCUAUCUUGCAGAAACACCCUUUGCAUGCAAGGAGAAGGUUCAAGGACUUAUGGAAUAUAUUCUCUCAGUUGAAGGUGAAGAUGAAGUAAGUCCUUUCUAUUCUACUUGCUUUAUGCUUCCAAUGCUGUGCCAAACAACCAUGGAGAUCGAAGGCUGUAGGACCUUGAUUUCAUUCGGAGGACAUAAAGUGGUAGUGGAAUGCCUCGUGAGAUUGAUUGGUACAAGCAAUCAGAUGCUUGAGGAUGAUGCUACCAUAUUCUUAGCAUGUGACACUGUAAUGAAUAUUCUUUUGAUGAGAAAGGGAAUUCAAGCUCAGUUGGACAAUUCUAGUUCUGUUAAUCUUUUGCAAGCGCUGGCCAAUUGGACGGAGGAAACCAAUGAUCCAUCAAUCAUCAUGAUGGCUUCAUGCUUAUGUGCAUUGGUCUUUGACUUCACAUCAGAGGAAGCUCUUUCAAAUCAUCCUGACUUCAACCCCAGAACACUAAAUAGUCUAUCUCUGCUCAUUGUGAGAAGUUUGGUUACCCAUGCACAGGAGGAGAUGAGUGAUGAUAUGAAAACAGAACAGGAUCUUCACCAAAUCAUCACUGCAGGAUAUGCUCGUUGGGCAGAUCGGUUUCCUCAUAUCAAACAAGCCGUUGAAAGAACAAGUGGUCCUCAACACUAAUGGUUUAGUUUCUGCUCCAUUUUGAAUCAAUCAGCAUCCAUGAAUGGCAUGUGCCUGUUUGGAACAGAGUAAAAUCCUUACCUUUUCAGAUUUUUCUUUCAAAAGGGUUGGAAUCCACAAAGGUUGGACAUUUGGUUUCCUCUGGUACAUACUAUGCUGGAAGCAGAAACUGCGGAUGGGAAGGCAAAAGGCGGACAUGGGACCCAGCAGUCGGACCAACCAAUCACAUGUGGUGAAUGCAAGAGCAAGAUCAGCCGUAGUGAUGCUCGAUCAGUCAAGAACCCGAGAUAUGUGAAUCCUCUAGCUGGGAAAUGUGACAUUCUCAAGCGUUUAAAUUGAUGGGAGUUUUGAAUGAAACAAGCCUUUCAGUCCACUGCACUUCUAACAUGGAUUUCACCAUCCUGUUUGUACAGAGUACUCUGUUUUAGUCCAAUGAUCCAAGUUGUUGAUUAGGCCAGAAGUAGCCUGUAUGAGAAUGGAAAAUCGAUGGCGUUUUCUGCUUUUUCCCUUUUUAGUAUCUAACCUACUUAUCUGGUGGGCCCUACUGUGGAUGGAUCAUUGCAUGAAGAUCAUAUUAACUGGACAAUCCAAGCCUUAAAUUUGUAUGUUCCCUAUAAACAAAAAUUGGACGGUCCAUGGAAGAAUGGGUAACUUUUUUUUAUGAAAGGUCUGCAUUACUAACUCCAAAA